CAUCGGCUUCCCGAGCGACUGUCAAAGUUAUGCAAAGUUUUGACUUCUACGGUUUCGCACUCUUUCCACUUGGGUUAAUGAGCUGCAGGAUGCCAAGAAUCUCUUAGAACGUGGUAGCUAUGAAACAGUCAAUACAUCGGCUAUCAGAAAACUCUUGGUCACUAGAAGGUCUGGUUUUAAAGCUCAAGAUGAAAAUUUAAAGGUUUAUUUUUAGUUUUCGAUUGUUGGGGAUAAUUAUGUCCCAAUACACGAACCGCAAGGAGGCUCCCAAUGCUGCACGCUCAGCAAUCAAGCACACGAGAAUAGAAGACAAACAAAUWGAGGAAAUAUACGAAUAUGGCGAAGUGCUGGGAAAAGGAAGUUUUGGGGUUGUUAAAGAGGCCAAACAUAUCGAAUCUGGUACAAGAUGGGCUAUUAAAGCRAUAAACAAAGAAAAGGCUGGUAGCUCUGCUGUCAAGUUGCUUGAAAGAGAGGUUUUGAUAAUGAAAAGAAUCGAGCAUGACCAUCUUAUUCAUUUAGAAGCAGUUUAUGAAACAUCUAAGAAAAUGUAUCUAGUGAUGGAGCUAUGCGAUGCAGGAGGAUUAGAAAAAUUAUUGGAAAGAAAGAAAAUAUUAUCAGAAAAAGAAACAUGGACAGUUAUAAAGCAACUCGCUAGUGCUGUAGCAUAUUUGCAUGAUUUAGAUAUUGUCCAUAGAGAUUUGAARCUGGAGAACAUUCUAUUGAGUCAUCCAGUAGGCAAUGAAUUACUUAACAUAAAGAUUACAGACUUUGGGCUAUCCAUUGUCAAGGGAGGGGUUGGGAGUGAUUCAAUGAUGCAAAGUGUGUGUGGAACCCCUAUAUAUAUGGCUCCAGAAGUAAUAGAUGACCUAGGAUAUAGUCAACAGUGUGAUAUAUGGAGUAUAGGUGUUAUAAUGUAUAUCCUUUUAACUGGGCAGCCUCCAUUCAUGGCAGAAACAGAAGAAAAGCUCUAUGAAUCAAUAAAGAAAGGAAUGGUUGACUUCUCACAUGAAUGCUGGGACAUCUGUCAAGAAUCAGGAUAGUGGAAAGAAAGACCAAUCCACCCCCUCAAAAUCUUCAGCUUCAUCAAAAAAAUCGCAGUCAUCUUUGGGGAAGAAGUCGACAUCUCAGACUCGUGGCAAGACAAGCCAAGCACCCCCUACCUCCCCCAAUAUCCAUGAAUCACACAGCCCAGUGCGUAAUAAAGAAGGGAAUAGAAGCUCUUCUGGAGCAGGCUAUUUGCAGCCAACAAAAAGCUCCCAGGGGCCGUCAACACUCAAAACACAAGGAACGCCGAAGGCCAGACGUCCCAGUGAAAAGAAAAGAUGACAAGCGGAUUUUUCUCAUUUGUGGCUAUUUAUGAAAAUUUAAGAAGUGAUUGUACUAGAGGAAUCAAUAUAAUAGUAAUUGCCAGAUGCGCUACAUAGGGCCAUACUCGUAUAUUGGGUUGGGUUUCCUGUGCCCUUGGUUUUCGCACAGGGGCUGGGAGGGGGGUUAUAGAAAUGUCGAAUUACAAGGCACUACGUUUGUCUAUAACCAUGGCAUGCAGCCUGUACAAGUCGUCUUACAACACGCCUACAACUAUAGUAGACAACUAAAAUAAUGUAUUGCUUUAUAGCAUUACGAAAGUUAUACUCCUUCUACUCCUGUACUCUUAGAAAACCUAUGGAGUCAACGUUAGAUUAACGCUAAUCGGGCUUUGAACAACUCGGCCCUGUCGUAAGGCAUUUGCAUUCUAUGGUUAUAGGCAAAGUAUGUGCCGUCAAAUUCGAAAGGGAACUAUUGCAUCAUUUUCUUUCACUUUUAAUUUUCAAUCCACGAGUGCACAUAUUGUACAAAAAAUCUCAUCUCUUGGUAACACUUAUAUCCGAGUUAAGCACAGGGAGCCCACGUACGGUGUAUUAAACUAUUUUUCACCUGAUAUGUGAUGAAAAAAGCUCAUCCACACUGUUAGUGUACUGAAUAUCUACAAUACGAUACAAUCAAAUUAUAUACAUAUUUGGGUGUGUGUACAUUUGACUCCACUUGAUUUUUUUUGUGAUAAAAACUUUUACAUCGAAAGAACAAACUGACUAAACAAAGUAGAUUCCAUUUUUGAAAUUAUACUUCUAAACCAAGCUAUACAUUUCUUCCGAAAAUAAUCACUUGUAUAAACGCGCACACUAGCUGUCUUUCGUUUCCUAUCUUUGAUAACUAAAAUGUAAACCUUAACGUGACAAUUGAGAUAUUGCCAAAUGUUAUUUGAAAGCACAACUAACUGAACCACUACCACAUUCUGUCAUACAAUAAAUGUUUGUUAUCAACAA